AUGCGAGGCCACAGAUCAUCUAGCAGCACAUCACGCUUAAUUGAUGGCGAUACCCAUUCUAUCCCAACUACGCCAGCAUGCGACGGAGAGGUAGACCUAUCAGCCAGUUCGUCUACUCCUCCGACUUAUGCCGAGAAAAUCGACGCAGAGCAGGGCCCAAGGUGCAGUGAAAGCCCUGGAAAGCCCCUAUCCACCAUUCUCUUAUGCUGGCUGGCUGUAAUCGUGCUGGCGGGCAUAUUCGGCGGCUCCCUGAGCUGUGAACAAAAGCUUUUCGACUAUGGCACUUACUACGGAGUUUUGGAGGACAUGAAGACGAUGCCAAAUGCCAACUUGAUCAACGAGAGCGAGCUUAAUAUGGAAACGCUCGUAGCUGCGGAGAGACCCGUUGUUCGCCAAUACUAUUUCGACAUUAGCCAUGCCCUCGCCGCCCCAGAUGGCUUUCAGAAGCCCAUGAUUCUCGUGAAUGGGCAAUCGCCCGGCCCCUUGAUCGAGGCCAACAUUGGCGACACGAUACGCGUACAAGUCAACAAUAUGAUGACGAACCUCAGUACCACCAUCCACUGGCAUGGCAUCAACCAGUAUGGAUCGGCAUGGAUGGAUGGUGUCGCGGGUGUUUCUCAGUGCGGGAUUCCGCCUGGGGAGAAUUUUACAUACGAAUUUGUCGUCAAGAACCAAAGGGGAACAUUCUGGUGGCAUGCCCAUCUAGGCGUGCAAUAUACAGAUGGCGUUUACGGACCAAUUGUCAUUAGAGACCCAGAUGAGAAGUUACCAAAAACGGAUGGAGAGAGGAUCAUCUUUGUUGGGGACUUGUACCAUACUUAUGGAUCUGUACUACUUGCGAGUUACUUGAACUCUACCUCGAAAUGGGUUCCCUACGAGUCUGGGGUUGAGCCACUGCCUGACAACAUCCUCCUCAACGGACAACACACCUGCAAUUGCUCUGUCACCUCGACGACAUAUCCGCCAGACCCAGCGAUACCAUUUUUAACCAAUUGCACCAAUGGACAGCUCUACCGUACCAGUGUUCAAAAGGACCAAAGAGUCCGUCUACGAUUAAUCAACAGUUCCUCGUUCCUAAGCUACUGGUUCAGCGUUGACAGCCAUACGCUCUCGAUUGUCGAGCUGGACGGCGUCGAGAUUGAGCCCAUCAGCGCGCGGGGCGUCUAUCUCAACAUUGGCCAGCGUGUGUCCGUUAUUCUAGUAGCGGACCAGAGGUCGGGCAACUACUACAUGCGAGCCACCCUGCCGCAGACUUGCUUCCUGCCGUAUGCGCCGUACGUGUCUGCCGCGCUCGAGAGCACGGGAUAUGCUGCCCGAGGCAUCCUAUCGUAUGCCGGCACCGAUCCUGAUGCUGAGCCUAUAGGGAUCAGGGGCAAUGUCUCCAAUCCGUACGGUGUCGAGAACAAUGGUGUGAGAGGCGACGUAUGGGAAGGGUGCGAUGAUAUGCCGUUUGACAUGCCCAAACCCAUGAGGAAAAUGGAGGCCAUGGAGCUGGGAGAGAGAAAUUAUCACUACAUUGAAUACGCAUUCAGACAAGCGCAAGAUGUAAACCGAAUCUUUAUCAACAAGACGGCGUACUCGCCUCUCGAACAUAAUGCCACGAUAUGGAAAGCAGUCGACCAGGACUUUGACGUGAGCAAGGAGGGCUCAUAUCACAGCUGGGACUUUGGCCUGAACCAGCAAGUCCUCCUCAUCCCCGAGGCGGACAAGGGUGCUCAAAUUGUCAUCAACUCGAAAGAUGUAAUGGAACACCCCUGGCACAUGCACGGCCACACUUUUCAGAUCGUAGGCUGGGGCCCGGGCGAAUACGGCGCCCGUCCCGACAAUGGCACCCGCUGGAACCUCGAGAACCCCAUGCGGCGCGACACGGUGACGGUGCCGGCGCAGAGCCACGUGGUCCUGCGCUUCGCCGCCGAUAACCCGGGCCUCUGGGCCCUGCACUGCCACGUCGCCUGGCACAUGGAGGGCGGCAUGCUCGUCUCCAUGGCCGAGCGGCCCGCCGACCUUGCCGACAUGGUCCGCGGGAUGGAUCCCCUUGUGCGCGAGCAGAGUAUGGCUUUUUGUGGAUGGGCCGGCUUGUCGUCUUGA